AGGGUUGGGGCGGAAGGAGUGAGUGUGUGCGUGAGUGUGUGAGAAAGAACGAGGAAAAAAGGAGUGUGGACAGGCUGUGUGCCGGGAGAGGCAUAGUCAGAAAGAAAGUAGAGUUCGGUAGUGACAGAAAUCAGAUUUUUAGUUGAGUUUUAGAGACUUAAAAAAAGGUUAAAGUCAAAGGGACCGGAGCGCGCCAGCCUCCCUUCUCAAUAUUGAGUGAUCGGAGUGCCUCGAUUGAAAGCGGCUCUAAUGAUCAUGACGGCAGCUGUCGAUAUGAAGCCAACGUUGACAAUCAUAAAGGCUGAGAAAAUGGACGAUCCGGAGUGUGGAGAUGUUCCCCUACUAACUCCUGGAAGUAAAGAGAUGAUGUCACAAGCUCUAAAGGCUACGUUCAGUGGCUUCACCAAAGAACAACAGCGACUGGGUAUCCCCAAAGAUCCCAGACAGUGGACAGAAAACCAUGUUGCAGCAUGGCUAACUUGGACUGUGAAUGAGUUCAGCCUGAAGAAUGUGGAUUUUGACAGAUUUUGCAUGAAUGGCGGCAGCCUUUGUGCCAUGGGCAAAGAGCGCUUCCUGGACUUAGCACCCGACUUUGUGGGUGACAUCCUUUGGGAACAUUUAGAAAUGCUUCAAAAAGAAGAUACAAAGCAUUACACCAACAACGGACUGACCUCCAACUUCCAGGAAUCCCGUUAUACCUCAGACUACUUUGUCAGCUAUGGCGUUGAGCAUGCCCAGUGCGUUCCCCCCUCUGAAUACUCUGAGCCCAGCUUCAUCACAGAGUCCUACCAGACGCUUCAUCCUAUCAGCUCAGAAGAAUUACUGACACUGAAGUACGAGAGCGAAUACCCCACUGUCAUCCUUCGGGACACGCCCCUGAACCCACUGCAGGUCGACUACUUCUCUGUCAAACAGGAAGUGGUAUCCCCUGACAACAUGUGUGUGGGACGUCUGAGCAGAGGUAAGCUGGGUGGACAGGACUCUUUUGAAAGUAUCGAGAGCUUUGAAAGCUGCGACCGUUUGACGCAGUCCUGGAGCAGCCAGUCAUCUUUCAGCAGUCUACAGCGGGUACCUUCGUAUGACAGCUUCGACUCAGAGGAUUACCCAACAGCUUUACACGGCCACAAGCCCAAAGGCACUUUUAAAGACUAUGUGAGGGAACGUUCGGACCUCAGCAAAGACAAACCCGUCAUUCCAGCAGCAGCACUGGCAGGAUACACAGGCACGGGUCCUAUCCAGCUGUGGCAGUUUCUCCUGGAGCUGCUGACCGAUAAGUCUUGCCAGUCCUUCAUCAGCUGGACAGGCGACGGCUGGGAGUUCAAGCUUUCCGACCCAGAUGAGGUUGCUCGCAGGUGGGGAAAGAGGAAAAACAAGCCCAAGAUGAACUAUGAGAAGCUUAGCCGUGGCCUGCGCUACUACUAUGAUAAAAACAUCAUCCACAAGACAUCGGGGAAGCGCUAUGUGUACCGCUUUGUUUGUGACUUAAAAAGCUUGCUGGGCUACACUCCUGAGGAGCUGCACGCCAUGUUGGACGUAAAGCCGGACACGGACGAGUAAAAGUCAUCAAAAAACAAAAACAAUGAAGCCACAUGGACUGGCACUCAUUAAGUGGUCUUAACGAACCUUUAUUUAGGGGGAGGGGGGGAAUGUUUUCAAUGACUAACUUGUUUUCUCAUCUUAGCGCUCACAGAUGGGAUUUUAAAAGAGGACAAAAAGCCAAAAGCCUGUAUUCAUAUCCUGUUGCAUUUGAAGGUGUGCGUGUGCAACAUGCUAUAUUAUGCUAGUAUUUUUGAAUAUGUCGUUUCCACUGUGCUGGUGGAGCUCAAGACAAGAGGACCAAGACAGAAUUGUUAUUGAUUUUUCAGCUUGGACCAAAAAGUGUCAAGAUGAUGAGUAUUAUUUUGCUGAUACUGAUAGCGGCCCAUGCAACCCCAGCAGCAGGCAUGUAGGUUGUAAAAUGUAUAAACAAUGAAGGUAAAACUUUGGAACUAUAAAAGUAUAGCUGUAGAAGCCUUAAGGAGAAGUGUGCUGUUGGGAUUGGAUUGUGCGAGAUCACUCAUACCAAGAGGGUGUGAGAGACGACUGAAAGUAGCCGUUGCUUAUGAAACUCUUUCUUUACAUACUUUCUUGUCUGAGACACAUUGACUGAAAUUGUUGAGGGGGUUUUAUUUUUCUUUGCAUAUACCAGCAGUAUUAGCAAAUGGUAGACAAUCAUUGUGAGGAAUUCUAUGGUUGUUUUUUGCUGCUUUUUUCAGCAGUGUUGGGGUAGGCUCUUCAAAGUCACAAGUCAUAAGUGUAGUUGAGGUAAGAAGUUUCUUAAUUAAUGAAGGCAGAUGCAGAAUUUAGUGCUUAGUUUAGCAAAAAGAGAAAGGAAAGUUUAAUGUGUUGAAGGGAAAGAAAGUGAAAGAAUUCAAAGUGUUUUUGUGAGAAUUUAGUUAGAAAUUGUACUAAACGUUCAGCAUACUCCAUAAAUGAAAUAAAACAUUUGGGGACAAAUUAUUUUUAUUAUGUAAGUAAGCCUUUUUCAGACUUGGACACAAAAGUUUCCAAAAUGGUUUCUUGUGGGCUACCAAAAAAAUCAUUGAGCAAGCACAUACACUGGUAAGCAGUCAGUUUGUCAAUAAAGACAAUAAAUGAUAAGUUGUCACUAUAUAUAUAUAUAUAUAUAUAUAUAUAUAUAUAUAUAUAUAUAUAUAUGUUUACUGGCUACUAAUGCAUCAUUUUGUUGGAAAUUCUAUUAAAUUCUCAUGAAAACACGCUCAAGUAAGUACAUAGUUUGAGAAAGAAUGUAAAGGAUUUGAAGUUGUAGAGGGAGCGCUUUAUUUCAAUAUUGUAUGUUGGUGCAUAAAGAUUCACUGGUUCCAGAUGAGACUGACAAAUGGGCUGUACACUGGCUUUAUGGGAAAUGCCAAAGUUGAGCAUCAUCUUAUAAAUACAAUGUUAUUGUUUACAGUAGCUGAAUGUUACUCAUAUUGAUGAAAAUAGCUUUGGAGAUGUCUAUUUGUACAGAUUGUGUUUCAUAAUGCAUCACUGAGUUCCGGAUUACGCAAAUAAGCAAGCGACAAAGCCGGAAUAAUAACCAAAAAGCUUGUGAGGUCUUUGGACACAGUGCUUUGUGCACAGACCCUAAAGGUAGGAAAGCAGGGACUGUGGUUCACUCACAAUUUUAAGAAUGGAACGGCACACCUGGCUUUAGCACAAUGACUCGUGUAUUUAGCUUAUAGGGGUCUCCCACUGAUUGUUUCAAUUUGUGUUUCAUUGUCAUUGGGAAUAUGUUUGUCCAGCUAUGAUUAUCUAUAGCACUGACUCAUGAACGUACACCAACAAUUCGAUUUGAUCCUGAACUCACAUCAAUUACACUGUUGUCUUUUUUGUUUUGUUUUCCUACGUGCUUAAAACAAUUUUUGUAACAGCUCUUAUUUUGAAGAGGAACUUUAGCAUAGACUGUUUCAUUCCUUUCAAACUUCAGUUCAUUUUAAAGUUUAUUCUGCUGAGUAAAUCUGUUGAAAUUUUAAAUAUUUUAAAACAUUUUAUACAGUCACAGAUCUACUGUAAUGUAUUUGGAAAACAUUAGCUGGUAAAUGCCUGUCCUUUAUUUGUGACAUGUGCAUAUUCCCCUCUUAAAUGACUCAGAAGCAUUGUUUUUUUUUUUUUUUUUUUUUUAACUUUUUUGUAUGUUUUAUCGUAUUUUUGUUAUGAGAUUUUUUAUUGUAUUUAGUUCACAAACAUUUGAAUUUUUUUAAAAUAAUUUAUAUUUUCUAUAAAAAGGAUUUGCAGACAUCUGGUGCAUCUGGGAUAAAAAGGUAGCACAGGAUUGAACAAUGUAGCGAUUUUUUUUUUUUUUUUUAAAUAGAUUUGUCUGUUAGAGAAAAAGGCUGAUGCUGGCCCAUCAAUGAUUUCUGCUGGAAAGGUUUUGUAGCCUCUAUUUCUAAAAUGUACUUAAUGUACUUUAAAAAUGUUAUAAA